AUGUCUAAAAAAAAGCGAAUUGCAAUAGAUACCCAGCUUAAAGAACAUCCAAACACUUUUCGUAUUGAUGAUAAUGUUUUAGUAUGUGAAUAUUGUAAUGAAGCUAUUGAAUGGAAAUCAAAAUCAACA